UAGCGAAAUCGAGUACAAUUUGUUUGUUUAGCACAGGAUACCUGUGCCUGAGUAGAAUGUGUGCCAGGGCUCUUUCUAUACUUCAAGUAAAUUUAUUAAAAAUGAGAAGCAGUGAUACGUCAAAAUUUUAAGAAACGUCAAUUAGUUACAUUUGAUUUUUUGCUUUAACAUAAAAUUACUAAGAAAUUUUUAGUGUAAUGGGAGACCAAUAGACAAAAUAAAAUGAGAAGCCCAUUGCUACACUGCAUUAAAAACUUAUUGGUGUUUGAGUAAAAUAAGCUCUGUUCUGUUACUCAGUACUAUUCAAAUGCUAGCGGCAAAAUAUUGACCAAGCAAGCUUUCGAUGUGUAGUUUUUCCCAUCGUAUUACAGUAGCUAAUUCUUGCACUUGUUGUCAUACCAAUAGAUAACCUAACAACGAAUUAGCUAAUUAGCAACAUCUGCCAAGAUACUCUUGACCCUGCCAAAGAAGACGUUGCGUUAUUUUCGACGACCAAAGUUUGUCUUAGCAUUUGCUAACCCCAUUCAUGUUAGGCUGAAAGCUUAGGCGUGAUGGGUUUAAAUAUUCAUUAACGUUUAGACAUUUUUCGGUAAUGGCAUCAAGAAUUUUUUCAUAAAAAUCUUCAUUAUCUAACCUAUUACUAUGUUUGUUUAGUUGUGUCACUUUUGCAAGAACUGGCCUCGUUUCUGUGAAAACUAUAUGCACUGUUAACAUUUCACAAAAUUCUUCAAGGAUAACAUGUGAUUUUUUACGGUUAUAUACGGUUUAGUAUAGUUGAAAAUUUGACACUUUUACAGUAUCGAAUAAAUUCUGGUAAGUACCGCUGCUUGUUCUGGAGGUUUGUUAAAUAAAGAUGAUGUAAAAUCGCUAUUUUCAUCGUUCAUUUAUAUAAUCAUAUCAAUUGUGUAAUAUAUGCUAUUGCCACUUUGGCGGAGCUUGAUCUAACGGACUCUGGCUUUCUCAGAUCAAAAUUUAAUCGCUAAAGCCACUGGGCUGACGGUGGUUUUGCUUAUGACCAGUUGUUAAACACCGUGAUUGCUGAACCAUGUGCUUGUUCAACACAGAACCCAUAUUGUUAAUCUGUAAUCAAGCAACAUCGAUCGACCACUUGAGUGAUCUUUAUUUGUUUAUCUAAAUACGGUGUCCCUCGAAAUAUUGCUGCGUCCUUCACCUAAUUAUAUAGUUCCAUAAUACAAUGGUAAAUUAAGAGUUGUCUGAGCAGCUCCGCCAUUUUUAGUCAGCGGUUUCAGCUCAUAGCAAGCUAUGCAUUACACCAGGGCUAUGCAUGUUCGUAGACGAGGCCCAUAUUCGUUUGCCGAAUAAUUCAAGUGGGGCACAUCAAAAACUGUAUAUACCCUGCUAAGUUAACCAGGAAAAGUUCAGACUUAACUUUAGGAUAACUAAAAUUUGGCGCCGUCCAACCGAAAGCGAAACCAAAACUACCAAUUCCCGAACCACUAAAAGCGAAACCACUCGUUCGUUAAAACGAACGAACGAACGAACGGUAGCGGCUGCGGACACAUUAGAUCCCCAACAGGCGGCGAGUUUGUUGACCAUAAAAUAACACUACAUUGGUCUCUUCAAGUUUGUUAACUUACUUACCGUUCUACGAAGAGUUCAUGGUUGUACCAUUCUAAAACAAAAGACAACCGCUUUUGCAGCUAAAAUGGACUGCGGAGUGGAUCCGCUCAAAUGGGACCUCAAAUGGAUAAACGGAAUUUGUUAUCGGCUUCAUCCUGAGGUGGAUCUUCGCUCUAGAGAGCGAAUAAUACAACAGUAUCCAGAGGAGGAUGACGUCGAAGAUUACGUUGAGGACAACGAACCGGGCUGCUCAGGAUUCUCUGAGGAGGAAACCAACAAUCAGGAGGCAAAUAUCUGCUUAAGAUACCAUGUUCCAGAUCGCUACUUGGGCAGACUCUGUGGCCAGCAACAUUCUCGUCGAAAGGAGAUAGAAGCAGAUACUGGAGCCUCAAUACGAAUACCCUCAAAGGGCUCUAAUGACGACAUUGUCAUCCUAGGCAACACGCACCAAAGUGUAGAAGAGUGUUUAGCACGCAUUCAAGCCAUCGUAAAACAAGCGAGACUACAGGAUUGCUUCACGCAUUUCAUCUCGAUCCCGCUUACGUUCGACGUCGUUAAGCGUAAUCUACAAGAAUUCCAGUGUAUGGCAAUGGCGACAUCGUCAACCCUUACGAAGGAGCUAUUUGUUCGCCCGUGCAAACUUCAUUUGACGAUAUGUUGCCUCAGCUUACAAGAUAAAACUGAGGUCGCCCAAGCGUCGGAGAUUUUGCUUGGAUGUGAAGACCUGAUAGCUGAACACGUGGGAAAAGAACCUAUAGUCAUUUGGAUUCGUGGCUUAGAAAUAAUGAACGAUGAUCCAGAUAUGGUGGACGUACUGUACGCGAAGAUAGUAGAAAAGGAACGAAACGAUGCCGGAAGAUUGCAAGAUUUGUGCGAUGCGAUCGUAACGCGUCUUCGUCAAUCUUCUCUAAUGGCAGAUAAUUUAGCAAUAGAUAGAGAUCAUCUGAAAUUGCAUAUGACAGUAGUGAACUCGAAGUUUGCAAAGGAGCCCCAUGCUGUCGUAGACUCCAGCCACAAAAGUCGCCGAGGAUCCUGUGAGAAUGUUAAAGCAUUUAGCGCCAAAAAAAUUCUAGAGAUUCUCGGUGACCAAGAUUUCGGUGAAGUGCAGCUGAACGAGAUGCAAUUAAACGUCGUGUCACAGGUAGAACCAAGCACAGGCUACUAUCGAAAUGUAGCCAAACUCGGUCUGCACACAAAUUGUCAAUGCUGAAACUCACUGACUGAAAAAUAUCCACCAAUAAAUUAUUAUCCGAAGACCAAUUU